GUCCAACGACCGCGACUCCUUGGCUCACCGUCGCCAUCGUCGCAAGUGUUCCCAGAACUGUUCGCAGCCCUUGGCUCUCUCAACCCGAUCCUGUUGGUUCACUUUGACUGCGCAACGCGUUCUUGGCAGACAUAUCCGCCGCGCUUCUCCCAUCCCCGAUACUCGCCAAGUUCACAGCCCAACUACAACUCAACCGUUCGGUCUGCCACGCCUGUCUGCUCCGGACGAGACUUCCGUCAUCGCAGCCUUCUGCGACGCUCGGGGAACCCUCUUUCUCAGGAAACCCGGUCCACAGCAACCACCUUCACAGACUACCCCUUACCACCUGACACGGACCUUAACACGAAAUGGCACUCUACACCCCAAGUUCCCCGGAGUCCGCACGGGUGUCCACCUUCAGGGCGCGCAUUAACGCCGCCCAUGGCCUAUCGCUAAGUACCUACCACGAACUGUACAAGUGGUCUACCGAAAACAUCGACCUGUUCUGGAGCGCGGUUUGGGAUGAUACAGGGAUCGUCGGCCACAAGGGCGGUCACGUCGUGGACCGCGAAGCGCAGCCCCCUGAGAACCCUGCAUGGUUCACGGAGGCGCAAGUGAAUUAUGCUGAGAACAUGCUGAGGUGCCGCUCGCCCGACAAGACCGCACUCGUACAGGCCAUCGAGCCGGAGCCGAACCACCCCAAUCCCGAGUUCCGUCGGGUCUCGUACGCGGAGCUCUACGCGCUCGUAUCGGACAUCGUGUCGGCCUUCCUCGCGCACGGAUUGAAGCCGGGAGAUCGCGUCGCGUCAUACUCAUCCAACUGUAUUGAGAACGUUGCAGCAUGUCUCGCCUGCGCCGCUAUCGGUUGCAUCUGGGUCAGCGCCGCCGCUGACUUUGGCGCUGAGGGUGUGUUCGAGAGGCUGGAGCAAGUCCAACCGCGCAUAAUCAUCUCCGUCGAUGCUGUGGUAUACAAUGCCAAGGUUCACGCACAUCUGCCCAAGCUCAGAACUCUCCUGGCCAAGCUGUCAGACAGGGCUCAGCUUCGCCCCGAGGUCGUGAUCAUCCGACACCCGUUCGACGCCAGCCGUCGCGAGGACUGGGAUCCGAGCUGGAUCGACUGGACGGACCUCGCAGCCGAGGGCCAAGCGAAGAAGCUAGGCCGUACAGCUGACGGCGAGAUAGAGUGGCGGCGCCUCGACUUCAACUGGCCGCUGUGGAUACUGUUUAGCUCGGGGACCACAGGUCGACCGAAACCGAUCGUCCACCGCGCUGGUGGGAUGCUGAUACAGGCGAAGAAAGAAUUCGUUAUAUGCGCCGACCUGCAGCCAGAUGACGUGUUCUUCUACUAUACCACCACAGGGUGGAUGAUGUGGAACUUCCUUGUUAGCGGGCUAACCAUAGGCUGCACGGUCGUCUUAUACGACGGCAGCCCGCUGCACGACCCUGCCUACCUGUGGCGCCUCGUGGACGAGCUAGGAAUAACGAUCUUCGGAACGAGCGCGAAGUACAUCGAUCAGCUGGCGAAAGUGUAUAAACCUGCGGCGCACCACAGACUGUCAACUCUCCGGCACAUUUACUCCACAGGCUCGCCCCUGGCGCCCCACCUGUUCGACUUCGUGUACGAACACAUCCGCCGCGACGUCCUUCUCGGGUCCAUAACCGGGGGCACGGACAUUUGCUCGCUCUUCGCGGGGAUGUGCUCGGCGCUGCCCGUGUUCCGCGGCGAAAUCCAGUGUCGGCUGCUCGGGAUGGCCGUCGAAGCGUUCACGCCUACUGGUGCCGCGGCGGGGGCAGACGAGCCGGGAGAACUUGUCUGCCUGAAGCCGUUCCCGUGCAUGCCGGCGGGCUUCUGGCCGCUUGCAGGGUACGGGAGUUCCGAGGCGGUGGAAGCCGCGUCGAAGCGCUACCAGGACGCGUACUUCUCCGAGUUCAAGGGCGUCUGGUACCACGGCGACCACAUCAUCAUCACGCACUCGCAGGCAGGGAACGGUGGUGGACUGAUUAUGCUUGGGCGGAGCGACGGUGUUCUGAAUCCUGGAGGGGUGCGCUUCGGGUCAGCUGAGAUAUACGACGUGAUCGAGCACUGUUUCCCGCCCGCCACCACGCACGCGGCGCACACCAUCGUUGACUGCCUCGUCGUGGGGCAGAGCAUCGCGCACGGGUCGGACGAACGCGUGGUGUUGUUCGUGAAGCUCCUCGAAGGACAGGUGCUCACGGCCGAGCUGCAGGCGCGGAUCAAGGCCGAAGUGCGGGCGCGACGGAGCGCGCGCCAUGUCCCCGCUCGGAUCCUGCAGGUCGACGACGUACCGUACACGGUGAACAUGAAGCGCGUGGAAGUGCCUGUGAAAAAGAUCAUCAACGGCGCGCCGCUGAGCAGCGUUAAUCCGGCGACCCUGCGAAACCCAGAAUGCCUGGCGGCGUAUGAGGCGAUUGGGGUGCGGCUGCGGGGAGAAGUCGCUUGAGAAGGUGUUGCUGUAGGGUGUGAUAUCUGGAUGGAUAUAUGUGCUACGGGUAGGAACGAACAGCGGCCGAGGGUGCCAUUGAAUCAAUGUCGCGGUAUCCCAUAUGCCGAUAGCUGCGACAGUAGCGGGAGAAGUGGCUGCACGCAGCAUCGGACAUUGCACGAAGACGAGGGAGGAGGCCGGGAUGCGGGGAUGUG